AUGGUUAAUGCAGGAAAUAUGAAUGGUUCUGGAAAUCUGAUGGAUUUUUUGGAUGAACCUUUUCCUGAUGUUGGCACUUAUGAAGACUUUCAUACCAUUGAUUGGUUAAGGGAGAAAUCUCGGGAUACAGACAGACAUAGAAAGAUUACAAAUAAAAGCAAGGAGUCCAUAUGGGAAUUCAUCAAAAGUUUAUUGGAUGCUUGGUCAGGAUGGGUUGUUAUGCUACUUAUAGGACUGCUGGCAGGCACAUUGGCUGGAGUUAUAGAUUUAGCAGUGGAUUGGAUGACUGAUUUGAAAGAAGGAGUCUGUUUAGAAGCUUUUUGGUAUAGUCAUGAGCAGUGUUGCUGGACAUCCAAUGAAACUACUUUUGAAGACCGGGACAAAUGUCCUCAGUGGCAAAAGUGGUCUGAACUUUUAGUUAACGAAUCUGAGGGUGCCAGUGCUUACAUUCUAAAUUACUUCCUAUACAUCUUAUGGGCAUUGUUGUUUGUUUUCCUGGCUGUCUCCCUUGUGAGGGUGUUUGCUCCUUAUGCCUGUGGAUCAGGAAUUCCAGAGAUAAAGACCAUCUUAAGUGGUUUCAUUAUUCGAGGAUACCUAGGGAAGUGGACGCUCUUAAUCAAAACUGUAACUUUAGUUCUGGUGGUAUCCUCAGGACUCAGUCUUGGCAAAGAAGGGCCUCUCGUGCAUGUAGCCUGCUGCUGUGGCAACUGCUUUAGCAGCCUAUUCUCCAAAUAUAGCAAGAAUGAAGGAAAAAGGAGAGAGGUGCUGUCAGCUGCAGCAGCUGCUGGUGUCUCUGUUGCCUUUGGUGCACCCAUUGGGGGGGUCCUUUUUAGUUUAGAAGAGGUGAGUUAUUAUUUUCCCUUGAAGACACUCUGGAGAUCUUUCUUUGCUGCACUUGUUGCAGCCUUUACCCUGAGAUCCAUCAAUCCAUUUGGAAACAGCCGCCUGGUUCUCUUUUAUGUGGAAUAUCACACCCCUUGGUACAUGGCUGAACUUUUCCCCUUUAUAUUGCUUGGAGUUUUUGGAGGAUUGUGGGGGACGCUUUUUAUUCGAUGCAACAUUGCAUGGUGCAGGAGACGUAAAACUACCAGGCUUGGAAAGUAUCCAGUCUUAGAGGUCAUUGCAGUCACUGCCAUAACUGCUAUUAUUGCCUAUCCAAAUCCUUACACACGAAGGAGCACCAGUGAGCUCAUCUCUGAACUUUUCAAUGACUGUGGAGCCUUGGAGUCAUCACAACUCUGUGACUACAUAAACGAUCCCAACAUGACUAGACCUGUGGAUGAUAUUCCUGACCGACCAGCUGGUACAGGAGUAUACAUGGCUAUGUGGCAGCUAGCUCUGGCCCUGAUUUUUAAAAUCAUCAUUACCAUAUUCACUUUUGGCAUGAAGAUUCCUUCAGGUCUCUUUAUACCCAGCAUGGCUGUAGGAGCAAUAGCUGGUAGAAUUGUUGGAAUUGGUGUGGAACAGUUGGCCUACCAUCAUCAUGACUGGAUCAUCUUCAAAAACUGGUGUAGACCAGGAGCUGAUUGUGUUACUCCAGGACUAUAUGCAAUGGUGGGAGCUGCUGCGUGCUUAGGUGGAGUUACCAGAAUGACAGUAUCGCUUGUUGUGAUCAUGUUUGAAUUAACAGGAGGACUAGAGUAUAUUGUGCCUCUUAUGGCUGCAGCUGUUACUAGCAAGUGGGUUGCGGAUGCUUUUGGCAAAGAAGGGAUCUACGAGGCACAUAUCCAUUUGAAUGGCUAUCCAUUUCUGGAUGUAAAAGAUGAAUUUACUCACAGAACACUGGCUACUGAUGUUAUGAGGCCCAGGCGUGGAGAACCUCCUCUUUCUGUCUUGACCCAAGACAGCAUGACUGUGGAAGAUGUGGAGACAUUAAUCAAGGAAACAGACUACAAUGGCUUUCCAGUGGUGGUUUCUAAAGAGCGUCUUAUUGGCUUUGCACAGAGACGGGACUUGAUUCUUGCAAUAAAAAAUGCAAGGCAGCACCAGGAUGGCGUAGUAAGCAAUUCAAUUGUAUAUUUUACUGAAGAUCCUCCAGAGGUCCCUGCCAAUAGCCCUCAUAUGCUGAAGCUGCGGCGUAUUUUGAAUCUGAGCCCCUUCACUGUCACGGACCACACACCAAUGGAAACAGUGGUAGACAUUUUCCGAAAACUUGGACUCAGGCAGUGUCUUGUUACACGCAGUGGGAGGCUCCUGGGCAUUAUCACCAAAAAGGACGUGUUAAGGCACAUGGCUCAAAUGGCAAAUCAAGAUCCUGAAUCCAUCAUGUUUAAUUAGGCUGUUCCCAGCAGAGAGGCCCACAUCUUAAAGAAAAGAUUCCUACUGAACUGAUUGAAAGGAAUUUGAAUAAGCUCUUCAUUUUUUGUUAAAAUAAAAUUUAAAUUAAUAGAACUUUGUUAAGGGUAGAACCCAGGGAAAAUUAUAGCAAACUGAACAUUUGAGUUAUGUUGGUAAAGAUUUGAAAAUUCAAUUCAGCUAUGGGCUAUUUUUCCUGGGAACAUGUUUCUCUUGUCAUAAAUACAGUCCUUAUCAUGGCACAUUUUUUGCCUUGUCCUGCCUACCAUAUUCCAUUAAUAUAAAUGCAUUUUCUUCAUGAUUUGAUGAGGACAGAAAAAUCAUCUUAACAAAAAUUUGGGAGCAGAGAGAAUCAUCUUGAUAAAAGAUAUUAAAAACAGCAAACAUAUGUAUGCCUACAAUAUAAUCAAGAAUGCCAAAUGUUUUCAUUACAUAUGCUCUAUUUCAUAUUCCUUAAAAUUUCUAUUUGAGUUCCCAAAUUAGGUUAUUUUCUAAAUUUGUAUACUUUCAUGAAGAAUGUUCUUCAUUUUUCUAUUUUUGCAGAAGUUCGUAGAUAUCGUAGAAGUAAAAGGUACUUCACUUAAUUUUUAGUGCUAUUGUUUAGACUGAGUUAUUCUGUUCACUUGUAAUAGGAUGAAAUAAUCUGCAAAUUCUUUCUUUUUUAUGAUGAAAUUUUCUUUUUACUGUGUUCCUAUAUACAAGCAUGAUGUCAGGUAGAGCACACAAGGUUAUAUAUUUUCCAGGAUAACUGACAUUAAAUUGCAAUUCAGGCCACAAAUUUUUGUUAAAAAGUAUUUUAAACAAUAAGCUUCAGUAUUCCUAGACAAAAAAAACAACCCUAAUUGUUGUUUUUUCC